AUGUUGAUAAGUGGCCAUACUUGUGUUGAUGAAAAAGUACCUCUUCCAGAAGAGGAAAAUAAAGAAAGCUGCGAAGCCGCGGCUAAACUUCGAAAUAAAAUUAUCGAAUUAAUCGAUAAAAGAUUUUUUAACCCGGGAUCAUAUGAAGUGUGGUGUCCAAAAGAGCAUUUUUCAAGGGUGUAUUCGUGGUUUCUAUUACAUAGAAAUGGGCUUUCAGUCAUGAUUCAUCCUUUGACAAUAAAUGAGGUCAAAGACCACACAGAAAAUGUGACUUGGAUGGGCAAAUCCAUACCCUUGGAUAUAACUCAGUUAUCGGAUAAAUUGCCAGAAGUUCCUGCACAAUACCCAGAAUUAAAAAUGGGUUAUUCUGCACCAAAAUGA